AUGCGCAACAGGAGUCUUUGCCUCUUGGUUGGAUAUUGUGCUGUUUUGGGGAUUUUGGUGAGUAAAGGAGCGGGACAGAGUACUGGGAAUCUAGGGAAUACACGGCUUCAGGUUGAUGGACUGCAAAACACGGCAAAUCGAGUGCGACGACGUGGAAAACAAGAUGCCUUGAGUGGACCUAAUGUAUGCGGAUCUCGGUUCCAUUCCUAUUGCUGUCCAGGCUGGAAAACUUUGCCCGGGGGCAACCAGUGUAUCGUACCCAUAUGCCGGAACAGCUGUGGUGAUGGCUUCUGCUCCAGACCCAACAUGUGUACUUGUCCCAGUGGCCAGAUUGCUCCAACCUGUGGUUCCAAAACUUCUCAGCAGUGUAACAUCAGGUGCAUGAACGGUGGAGCGUGUGAGGGUGACCAGUGCCAGUGUCAGAAAGGCUACACCGGGGCCUACUGUGGACAACCUAUCUGUGAGAAGAAGUGUCAGAAUGGUGGCCGCUGCAUUGGUCCAAAUCGUUGUGCGUGUGUGUAUGGCUUCACAGGGCCUCAGUGUGAGAGAGACUACAGAACGGGUCCCUGCUUCACUCAGGUGAAUAACCAGAUGUGCCAAGGCCUUGUGAGUGGCAUUGUGUGCACUAAGACACUGUGCUGUGCCACGGUAGGCCGUGCUUGGGGCCAUCCCUGUGAAAUGUGCCCCGCCCAGCCCCAGCCCUGCCGCCGUGGUUUCAUACCUAACAUCCGCACCGGAGCCUGCCAGGAUGUUGAUGAGUGCCAAGCUGUACCAGGCCUGUGCCAGGGUGGAAAGUGCAUUAACACUGUAGGCUCCUACGAGUGUAAGUGCCCAGUUGGGCACAAGCAGAAUGAAGGCACACAAAAGUGUGAAGAUGUGGAUGAGUGCUCCACUGUUCCACAUGUGUGUGACGGAGGAGUGUGUGUAAAUUCAGUGGGCAGCUUUUCCUGUGUGUGUCAGUCUGGAUAUGUGCCAUCUGCGGACCGGACACGCUGCUUUGAUAAGCAGACAGGCUCCUGCUUUGCGGGCCUGUUGAAUGGACGAUGUGCUCAAGAGAUGGGUGGGCAUUUCAGUAAGCCUCAGUGCUGCUGUGAUGGGGGCCGCUGCUGGGCGCGGGGGGCAGUACCUGAAAUGUGUCCAAUUCCAGGCUCAGAGGACUACCGCAGAAUGUGUCUCCAGGGAGUGCCUGUAGGUACAUUCCCAGAGAUUAUGAACCCACAGAGGCCCAAUGGCUAUAAUCCAAAUCUCAAUGGCCAGGGACUUCACCCAGUGAAUGGGAAUGGCCAUAGACCUCCCCAGAUUCCAAUCAACGGAAAUGGUAAUGGACAAAGACCAAUACGACCUGAUAUCGUUUCUCUGAACGAGACCAUUAAUAUCUGCCAGAAGCUUCCUCAUCUCUGCCUCCAUGGACGCUGUGUACCUGUCGCAUCCAGCUAUCGCUGUGAGUGUAACACUGGUUACCGGCAGGACAGCCGUGGAGAAUGCUCAGAUGUAGAUGAGUGUGUCUCUGACCCCUGCCCAAAUGGAGACUGUGUCAAUACUCCUGGUUCCUUCUACUGCAAGUGUCAUCCAGGCUUCCAGAGAACUCCAGGCAAACAAACCUGCAUAGACAUUGAUGAAUGCCUACACAAUGGGGCUCUGUGUAAGAAUGGCCGCUGUCUGAACACAGAGGGCAGCUUCCAGUGCAUCUGUAAUGCAGGCUUCCAGCUCACACCAGAUGGCAGAAACUGCAUGGAUCAUGACGAGUGUGCCACCACCAACAUGUGCCUGAACGGCAUGUGUAUCAAUGAGGACGGCAGCUUCAAGUGUGUAUGCAAGCCUGGCUUCACCCUGGCCUCUAGUGGACGUUACUGUAUAGAUAUUGAUGAGUGCCUGACCCCAAACAUGUGUAUGAACGGACGCUGUGUAAACACAGAGGGCUCUUACAGAUGUGAGUGUAUGGCCGGAUUGGCUGUGAGCACAGACGGACGCUCCUGUGUGGACACACACAUGCGCAGCACAUGCUACGGGGCUAUAAAGAAGGGGGUGUGUGUGCGUCCCUUCCAUGGAGCAGUCACCAAAUCUGAGUGCUGCUGUGCCAACACCGAUUACAGCUUUGGCGAGCCGUGCAAACCCUGUCCAGCGAAGAACUCAGCUGAGUUCCAGGCUUUGUGUGGAAGUGGCAUAGGCUUUUCUGUUGAUGGAACAGACAUCAAUGAAUGUGCCCUGGACCAUGACAUCUGUGCUAAUGGGGUGUGUGAGAACCUUAGAGGAGGCUACCGCUGCAUCUGUAACACGGGCUAUGAAACUGACCAGAGCGGCAGGAACUGCGUGGACAUUGAUGAGUGUCUGGUGAACCGGCUCCUCUGUGAUAACGGACUCUGUCGGAACAGCCCAGGUAGCUACAGCUGUGCCUGCCCCAAGGGCUUCCUCUUCAGACAGGACUCAGACACCUGUGAAGAUGUGAAUGAGUGUGAAAGCAGUCCAUGCAUCAACGGAGUGUGUAAGAACAAUCCUGGCUCCUUCUCCUGUCAGUGCUCCUCAGGAAGUAAACUGGACCCCACUGGCCUCAUCUGCAUUGAGAAUCUGAAGGGUACGUGCUGGCUGAACAUCGAGGACGGGCGCUGUGAGGUGAACAUUAACGGGGGCACACUGAAAUCCGAGUGCUGUGCCACACUGGGAGCGGCCUGGGGAAGCCCCUGUGAACAGUGCGAGAUCGACCCGGUCUGUUCAAGAGGCUUUGCUCGCCCCAGAGGGACAGUCUGUGAAGAUGUGAAUGAGUGUCAAGUGUUUCCUGGUGUAUGUCCUAAUGGUCGCUGUGUAAACACCAGAGGUUCCUUUAAGUGUCAGUGUCCAGAGGGCCUCACAUUGGACGCCACAGGACGAGUCUGUGUCGACAUUCGCUCAGAGCAUUGCUACCUGACCUAUGAUGAGGACGCGUGCACUCAGCCCGUGGCCGGAAGGUUCCGGAUGGAUGCCUGCUGCUGUACGGUGGGUGCUGCCUGGGGUAAAGAGUGUGAGGCAUGCCCAGAGCCAGGUACUCCAGAGUUUGAUGUCCUGUGUCCACGUGGACCUGGCUUUGCCAACCGCGGGGAUGUUCUCACCGGUAGACCCGUUUAUAAAGACAUCAAUGAAUGUAAGGUAUUCCCCAGCAUAUGCACACAUGGAAAAUGUCGUAACACCAUUGGCAGUUUCCGUUGCCGUUGUGAUAGCGGCUUUGCCCUGGAUAUGGAGGAACGCAACUGCACAGACAUUGAUGAGUGUCGGAUCUCUCCUGACCUGUGCGGACAAGGAACAUGUGUUAAUACGCCUGGAAGUUUUGAGUGUGAAUGCUUUGAGGGCUAUGAGAGUGGAUUCAUGAUGAUGAAGAAUUGCAUGGAUAUCAAUGAGUGUGAGAGGAAUCCAAUACUGUGCAGAGGAGGCACCUGUCAGAAUACAGAUGGAAGUUAUGAGUGUAUCUGCCCUCCUGGGCAUCAGCUCUCCAUCAGUGGGGAUACUUGUGAAGAUGUGAAUGAGUGUGAGCUCAGCGCUACACUCUGUCGGCAUGGGGAGUGUGUGAACGUGGUCGGGACCUAUCGUUGCACCUGUAACACUGGUUAUCAGUCAACACCGGACAAACAAGGCUGCACUGACAUAGAUGAAUGCACCAUAGAGAAUGGGGGUUGUGACGUACACUGCACCAAUUCUGAAGGCAGUUACACGUGCAGCUGCAACCCGGGCUACACCCUGAUGCCAGAUCUGAGGACUUGUGCAGAUGUGGAUGAGUGUGAAGAGGAGUCUGAUAUAUGUGAUGGUGGCCAGUGCACUAAUGUCCCUGGAGAGUAUCACUGUCUUUGUUAUGAUGGAUUUAUGGCCUCCAUGGACAUGAAGGCUUGUCUGGAUGUGAACGAGUGUGAGCUCAAUGCUAACAUCUGCAUGUUCGGGGAGUGUGAGAACACCAUUGGCUCCUUUGUCUGCCACUGUGAGGUGGGCUACUCUGUGAAGAAGGGAACGUCUGGCUGCACAGAUGCUGAUGAGUGCCAGAGCGGCACACACAACUGUGACAUUCAUGCUACCUGUAUGAACACUCCAGGGAGCUUUCGUUGUACUUGCCAUGAAGGAUGGCGUGGUAACGGCGUCAAAUGUGUCGAUCUGGAUGAGUGCACCAACGGCACUCACCACUGCAGCGCCAGUGCCAAGUGUAUUAACACACCAGGCUCCUACCGCUGCUCCUGCUCUGUGGGCUUUACUGGAGAUGGCUUUACCUGUACAGAUAUAGAUGAAUGCGCUGAGAAUGUAAACCUGUGUGAGAACGGACAGUGUCUGAACAUCCCUGGUGCCUACCGCUGUGAGUGUGAGAUGGGCUUCACGCAGGCCCCAGACAGCCGCACCUGCCAAGAUAUUGAUGAAUGUUCGUUCCAGAACAUAUGUGUGUUUGGCACGUGUAAGAACAUCCCGGGCAUGUUCCGCUGUAUCUGUGAUGAAGGCUAUGAGUUGGACAGAUCAGGUGGCAACUGUACAGAUGUGGAUGAAUGUCAGGACCCUAUAAACUGUGUGAAUGGGCUGUGUGUGAACAUACCUGGCUCUUACGAAUGUAACUGCCCACUGGACUUUGAGCUCAACCCUACUGGUGUAGGUUGUGUUGACACUCGCGUGGGGAGCUGUUUUCUGGAGGCUGUUGGUAACGCGCGUGGUCGUGGGGGUCUGGUGUGCAGUGUAGAAGUGGGGGUGGGAGUCAGUCGUUCCUCCUGCUGCUGCUCCAAGGGCCGGGCCUGGGGAAACCCCUGUGAACUAUGCCCUGCAGUCAACUCAUCGGAGUAUAACACGUUGUGCCCUGGAGGAGAAGGUUUUAAACCCAACCCAAUCACCAUCAUACUGGAAGACAUUGACGAGUGCCAGGAGUUGCCAGGCCUGUGCCAGGGUGGGAACUGUGUCAAUACAUUUGGAAGCUUCCAGUGUGACUGCCCAACCGGCUAUUACCUGAACAUAGACACUCGUAUCUGCGAGGAUAUCGAUGAAUGUGUGGUGAAUCCUGGGAUUUGUGGUCCAGGCACAUGCUAUAACACACUGGGUAAUUACACUUGCGUGUGCCCUCAAGAGUACAUGCAAGUAAAUGGUGGCAACAAUUGCAUGGACAUGAGGAAGAGUGUGUGCUACCGAAACUACAAUGGCACAGCCUGUGAAAAUGAGCUGGCAUUUAACCUCACACUCAGACUGUGCUGCUGUGCCUACAAUGUUGGCAAGGCCUGGAACAAACCAUGUGAGGCCUGUCCAAUACCAGGCACAGAGGGAUAUCGUACUCUGUGUGGGAAUAUUGUCCCUGGUUUUAAGCUUGAUAUAGAAACGGGAAAACCUGUGGAUAUCGACGAGUGUCGGGAGAUCCCAGGCAUCUGCACCAAUGGAGUGUGCAUCAACCAGAUAGGGAGCUUCCGUUGCGAGUGUCCUACGGGAUUCAGCUACAAUGACCUGCUGCUUGUCUGUGAAGACAUUGAUGAGUGUAGCAGCGGGGAGAACCUUUGCCAAAGGAACGCAGACUGCAUUAACAGUCCAGGCAGCUACCGCUGUGAGUGCUCUGAGGGCUUCAGCCUCUCGCCUAAUGGAGCCUGCAUAGAUCGCAACGAGUGCCUUGAAAAUCCCAGCAUAUGCAGCCACGGUGAGUGUGUGGACAUUCAGGGCGGCUACGAGUGUGUGUGCCACAACGGGUUCAAGGUCACCUCAAAUCGCAAGAUGUGCAUAGACAUUGAUGAAUGUGUGCGGCAGCCCUGUGGGAAUGGUACAUGUAAGAAUACCAUGGGCUCCUACAACUGUCUCUGCCACCCUGGCUUUGAGCUCACCCACAACAAUGACUGUAUUGAUAUUGAUGAGUGCAGGAUGUCGUACGGUCAAGUGUGUAGGAAAGGUCAGUGCAUCAAUAGUGUGGGCUCUUUCUAUUGCCUGUGUGAGGAAGGCUACGAACUCUCCCUGGAUGGCAAGAACUGCGUAGAUGUGAACGAGUGCGUCAUUCUGCCUGGAACGUGUGCUCCUGGAACAUGCCAGAACCUGGACGGAUCAUUCCGCUGUAUUUGUCCUCCUGGCUAUGUAGUUCAGAAUGAGCAGUGUAUGGAUGUGAACGAGUGUGAUGUAGACCCAAACAUCUGUCUCUUUGGCUCUUGCUUCAACAACCCCGGCAGUUUUGAGUGCGUGUGCAGGCCAGGCUUCGUGCUCUCAGAAAAUGGACGUCGCUGUUAUGACACACGAGAGAGCUUUUGCUUUACACGCUUUGAAAAUGGCAAGUGCUCCCUCCCACAGGCAUUUAACACUACCAAAGCCAAGUGCUGCUGCAGCAACAUGCCCAAAGAGGGCUGGGGAGACCCCUGUGAGCUCUGCCCUAAAGAGCAGGAUGCUGGAUUUCUGGACCUGUGUCCAUAUGGUCAUGGAUUAAUUCCUGGAAUUGGAGAUACACGCAUAGACAUAAAUGAAUGUGUGGAGAACCCAGGCAUCUGCUAUAACGGCCACUGCAUCAAUACAGACGGCUCCUUCCGCUGCGAGUGCCCUGUAGGAUACACACUCAACUAUACUGGAGUUCACUGUGUUGACAUUGAUGAGUGUUCAGUGGGAAACCCCUGUGGGAAUGGAACCUGCACUAACGUGAUUGGAGGGUUUGAGUGUAACUGUGAGGAGGGCUUUGAACCAGGGCCUAUGAUGACCUGUGAAGAUGUUAAUGAGUGUGCUCAGAACCCCUUGCUCUGUGCUUUCCGCUGCAUCAACACUUUUGGAGGUUAUGAGUGCACCUGUCCAUCUGGAUACACACUCAGAGAGGACCAGAGGAUGUGCCAAGAUCUGGAUGAGUGUGUUGAGGGGCUUCAUGACUGUGACUCUAUGGGAAUGGCCUGUAAGAAUCUGAUUGGUACCUUCAUGUGUGUGUGCCCUGUGGGCAUGGUGCGGAAGAUGGACGAUGAGGUGUGUCAAGAUGAGGACGAGUGUCGUACUAAACCUGGUAUCUGUGAAAAUGGGCGCUGUGUGAACACUAUAGGCAGCUACAUGUGUGAGUGUGACACUGGAUUCCAGCCUGACUCCACUCGCACUCAGUGCUUGGACUACAGGGAGGGGUUCUGUUUCACCGAGGUUUUACACACCAUGUGUCAGAUGUCUUCCAGCAGCAGGACCCCCGUCACUAAAUCACAGUGCUGCUGUGACGGAGGCCGGGGCUGGGGCAACCAGUGUGAGCUCUGUCCACUGCCUGGCACUGCCAAGUACAAGAAGAUGUGCCCACAUGGACCAGGCUAUGCCACAGAUGGCACAGACAUUGAUGAGUGUAAGGUGAUGGCAGACCUGUGUAAGAAUGGCAGGUGUAUCAAUACCAUGGGUACCUUUAAGUGCCACUGUAAUCCAGGAUACAUCGCCUCCAUCACGGGAACAGAAUGUAUAGACUUGGAUGAGUGUGCUAUGUCUCCUAAACCGUGUAACUUCAUCUGUAAGAAUACUGAGGGCAGCUAUUCCUGUGCCUGCCCACGCGGUUACACCCUCCAGGAUGAUGGCAGGACAUGUAAAGAUCUAGAUGAAUGCCAGACCAAGAGGCAUAACUGCCAGUUCCUGUGUAUCAACACCAUCGGUGGUUUCACCUGCAAAUGUCCCCCGGGCUUCACCCAACACCACACAGCCUGUAUAGACAACAAUGAGUGUGUGACAGAGCCCUCCCUGUGUGGUCCUAAGGGGAUCUGUCAGAACACGCCUGGUAGUUUCAGCUGUGAGUGCCAGCGAGGUUUCAGUCUCGACUCCGCCGGCGUGAACUGUGAAGAUGUGGACGAAUGUCAAAGUAACCACAGAUGCCAGUUUGGCUGUCAGAACAUGCUGGGGGGUUAUCGCUGUAAUUGCCCACAGGGGUACACUCAGCACUACCAGUGGAACCAGUGCGUGGAUGAAAAUGAGUGUUCAAACCCUGACAGUUGUGGCUCUGCAUCCUGUUAUAACACACUGGGCAGCUUCAAAUGUUCCUGCCCCUCAGGCUACACCUACAACCAGCUCAGCAGCUCCUGUGACGAUGUGGAUGAGUGCAGCUCCUUCAAAACCCCCUGCAACUACGGCUGCUCCAAUACCCAGGGAGGCUACCUGUGCGGCUGCCCCCCUGGCUACUUUAGAGUCGGCCAAGGGCACUGCGUGUCAGACAUGAGGUACGGCAAAGGCAGGUUUGGGUCUGUGGAGAGAGGGGAGGAAGAUAAUAGCCUUUCUCCUGAGGCCUGCUAUGAAUGCAAAAUCAAUGGCCAUCACAAGCCGACUAUCAGGAAGAGACGCGCUGCUAAUGGAACGCUGCCAGAGGAGGGGCUCACAGUAAACCUGGCCAGUCUGGACAUGGAGCUUCCGCUGACACUGGUGCUCAACGUGUCUCAGCUCAACCUCAAAGAACACAUCCUGGAGCUGGUCCCUGCCAUCAGACCCCUCACCAACCACGUGACCUACGUUAUUACUGAGGGGAACCAGGAGAAACUUUUUCAGAUCCAGCAACACCAGGGUCUCAGCUAUCUGCACUGCUCGCGGAAGAAAGCCUCUCCCGGAGACUACGUGCUGGAGAUAAGGAGCACGCCGCUGUACGGCCGCUCAGAGCUGCGUCACCUGGAGGACAGCAGGGAUAGAGACUACCUCUCUGGGGAACUGGGACAAAACCUACACAUGAAACUCCACAUUACACUGCAGUAG